UCUUCACUCCCGUCCACCUCGUCAUUUUUGCGCCGGCCAAUCGCCACUUCGUCCCGAGCAUCGCCGCGACGCUCGAAUGGCGGCGGCGAAGCGCCGCUCUUCCGCUUCCGACUCGGAGCCCGACGGAGCGCAGGCGAGCUCGGGCUCCGAGCCGGAGCCCCCGACCCUCCCCGGGUCGGCGAAGGCGACCGUACCGACUUCUUACGAGAAGCAGAGGCUGUCGAGGAUCGCGGAGAACAACAAGAGAAUGGAGGCCCUGGGCCUCCGUAAUUUGGCGAGUUCCGUGAUGGGUUCGGGCCGGAAGGCGAAGAAGAAGGGCGACGCGAAGGGCAAGAGGAAGGUGGGUCAGGAGGACGACGACAGGGAUGAUGAUUACGCGCCUGCUUUGGACGACGAUGGCGGCGAUGAUGAUCUUAGCGUCGACGAUGAGGAGGAGGAUGAUCGGGAUUUUGAAGUAUCUGGGUCUGGUAAAAGAAAGGGAAAGAGAAAAGUGUCAAAACCGAAGAAGAAACCUCAGACCAAAAAGUUACUGAAUAAGUUGGAUUAUGUUGAUGAUGAUGCUGACUUGGCAAAGGCCAUUGUGCUGUCUCUGCAUGAUUCUGCCAGAGUUUCAGCAACAGUGAGUUCAGAGCCUUCCAAAAAUGAGGCUGGUGUAGAUCUUAAUGGCAUAGUAGAAAAGACUCAAGAAAAUCCUAGAAUGCUGAAGAGGAAAAAAACGUUUACCAGCCGGGUGAAGAUGACUGAGGAUGAGCUGAUUAUGCACUUCUUUCAGUUAGAUGAAGCAGGGAAGGGCGGCAUCACUGUGCAUGAUUUAGCCAAAGUAGCUGAUGCUCAUGAUUUUACAUGGACAGACAUGGAACUAGCCAACAUGAUUCACUGCUUUGAUAGCGAUGGAGAUGGAAAGCUAAGUCUUGAUGAUUUCUCGAAGAUUGUCCAUCGAUGCAACAUGAUACAAGGUUCUGAAGGCUCCUGAGUGGUUAAGAGUGCCGAGUGUACCUACUGCUCUGAUCAGGAGUGAUUGAUCAAGAGGUCAUUUUACUGCCAAGUUCUGUUACAACAGCAAGAAAGGAAGCACCUAGGUAAGCGAGAGAUAGAAGCAAGAAAGUAGCUUGAUCUGCUAGCUGUCGUUAAAGUUGGAGCUUUCACAGAUAACUCACCAAAUGCUGGUUGUAUAUACUAUCUUAGACAGCAAGAAAGGAAGCACCUAGGUAAGCGAGAGAUAGAAGCAAGAAAGUAGCUUGAUCCACUAGCUGUCGUUGAAGUCGGAGCUUUCACAGAUAACUCACCAAAUGCUGGUUGUAUAUACUAUCUUAGACAACUGAAUUUUCUGCAACUUUUACAAGCUGAUCUAUUUGAGGUUAGGAUUGGCGUGACAGCAGAUUAUAGCUUGCUUAACCUUUUACGCCAGUUGAAUUAUCUGUUGCGUUGUUCCAUAAAAAGAACAAGUACUCUAAACUGGUGCUAUCAUGAAGGUUUGGUCUUGUUGUUAUGCAUGAUUGAUUACAUUGA